GAGUAUUUCCUUUUUUCAGAAAUAAAGAAACUCAACGUGUUAUCACGAACAAGUUUUUCUUCAGUCUCAAUGUAAUGGAUCAAAACUGGAGAAUGGUAAAUCUACUGGAUUUUCUCUUAGUAGGGUUUACACUGGGUGCAGCAGCAGGAACAGUUUUACUUCCCUAUUCUGAGACUCAAGAUGUUGGUUACACUUUAUCUGCACCAGAUAGAGUUGGCUGCUACAGAUGGAGUACGGAUAAUGAUGAUGUAUUAGAAUUAAUACCGGUGUCGUUUAAUUCAAGCCUUCAGUGUGGCCAUAUCCUUGAUGUCAAGAUAGUUCCAGGAACAGCGAAUAUGAAUGCUAGAACAAACAUCAAAAUUAUAGCUGAAGAUGUGAGGGAAGGUAUAGAGGAGCGGAAACCAAAUAUAGAAUUCUCUCUUGCUGUAGCUCCCAUUUCCCGACUACAAAUAGAGGGGAAGAAAACUAAUUUUCACGUUAACGAUCCAGCUUCAGAAUUUAAAUUGGUUGCAUUCGACAAGGAGGGUGCCAGGUUCGAUACUCUGGACGGGAUCAAGCUGAUGUGGUUAAUUGGCUCCUCAAGGGAUAUAGCAGACUUCGAGUCAAAUCAAAACUCAGCAGAAGUGGAUAUUGUACCUACAAGAUCAGGGAAAGGAACAUUAUUUGUUGUUUUAGAAGAUUCGUUUUAUAAGAAUGUAAAAUCUCCUACGCUGGAUAUUCGAGUUAAAUCUCCCUUAAUCGUGGAACCAGACGGUCCGUACAUAAUGCCAGGAGGAGAAAUCGAGAUAUCUUUGUUCGAGAAUAUUGGAACAAAACAGGAGCCCAAACUGGAAAUAUUAGAACUGAAAGGAGAGUCUGCUGAGUACAGAAUAUCGGUGAAGAAUGAGAAGGUUGCAAAGAUAGAUCAAGAGCGAGGUGUCAUUGUUGGUAUAGAACCUGGAGAGGAAACAACGAUUCUAGUGCAUGAUGCAGAGGGGACAAUCGUUAAAGGGGCUCCUAUUCGGGUAACAUCACCACACAGCAUGAAGAUUGUAUCUCACCCAUUUCCCCAUUCAAAACAGCUGAUUAUUAACAGGGUGUACAAUAUCACUGUUAAAAUUUAUGACGAGAAUGAACAAGAAAUUUAUCCGUCAAACAAUAUUCUGACUAAAACAACAUUUGGAAAACAGUUUGAAGUCAAACAGGUAUCAGAGAAUGGUCUUUGGGCUAUAGUGGAAACUUUAGCUGUUGGAGUUGGUCAAAUACGAGCUAGCUUACGAUCAACAAUUGGAGCUGAUGAUGAAGAGAGUGAAAUAACGCCACAUAUCAAGGCAGUGAGCGAGUUCAGGAUAUAUGAAGAUAUAUUGAUGACUCCUGAUAUGACGAAACUACCCUGGGAUCCUAAUCACAAGGAGAACCAUGAUUACCAGCUUACUUACAAGGCUACUGGAGGAGGCCAAACUUUUAAAUAUCAUGUCGAACCUGAAGACUUGGCCAGAGUUUCUGCUGAUGGAAAGGUAAAGAUCUUGGGUGGACCAGGAAUUAUUAACGUAACCACUGGUAUGGCCUCUAGUAUGCAUAACAACUUUACAGCAAAGAUUUUCAUCAUGGAGGUUCUUGAUAUAGAGAUCUUAAACUCGACAUCUGAAGGACAUAUAAAUACUGAAAUGAUGAUACCAAUCGCUGCUUAUGGUGGACAUCCAACGACAGGGGAGAAGAUACUUUAUGAUGAUUGUAGCGAUCUAGAAUUUCAAGUCAAGCUCAGCAACUCUAAGGAUUUUUCAUACCAGGGGAAAUCAUAUCGAGGAGAUUCAACAGAAUACGGAGGAUGCGCUUUUCUACGAAUUGUUGGAUCAAAGACAGCGAAUACUAUUCUAACUGUUUCAUUCCUUAACAGUAACGGUACCACUCUUAAAUCCUCAAAGCAGUUCUCAGCUUAUAAAAGCCUUGAGUUUGUUGAACCCAUGCGGAGGAAUGGUGAGAAGUUCAAUGUUAUUCUUGCUUUGGGUACAUCAAGACGAGUUGUACUCAGCGGAGGACCUUUACCUUGGGUUGGGAAGCCAUCUUCCUUCUACACUCUAGCUGGAGCUGAAGACGAGUCAGUAGGACGUGUUGUCUUAACAACAACCCAACCUGCUCAAGAUUAUUAUGUUCUUGAAGCAACUUGUCUCAGCCUUGGAGAAACAAUUGGAUUCCUUACUGUUGGCAACAAACCAUCCUUUACAAACAGUAAACCUGCCCUGCAGAAUCGUGUAUUUAAUCUCAUCUGUACAGAACCAGCCAAGAUAAGCCAGAUUCGUGCAACAGUACCAAGAAAGGGAGGCUCAACGUACAAUGGAGGUGUAGUGGAUGAGGAGACUGGAAGAAUAAACUUGUACUCCCACCGUGAUAUUCAACUUGACUUUAUUGUUAAGGAUGCUGAGGGAAGAAGUAUUGAGAACAUUACAAGUCUUAACAUAGAGUUCAAGGUGUCAGAUACAACAAAGCUAAAGUGUUUGGAACCUUGCUCCGGAAUACAACUCCCAAAACCUUCAGAACAUUUAAGCUCUAUUUUCAUUCCAUCAAAACCUGCCCAGAUCUUUAGCCCUCAAGGAUUGAAAGGGGAUGUAGAUAUUGAAAUAUCUAUCAAGGAGUACAGAGAAUCUGUGCUAAACAGCGUGGGAGCAAAAUUGCCUCGUUCCUUUGGUCAUCCUGUUUCAUCAAAUGGGGAGGAGGACGAAUAUUUGGAAAUAUCUGAGACUAUUGAGCUAACUUUGACAACAGAUGCGAAGGUAGAAGCUGUUGCAGAAAAUUUGAAAUCCAUUUAAGUGUCUGUAUUAACCAACAACUUUGAGAUGAAACCUGCAGAAUAUAACAUAAAUGUUUUUUUUUUCUAAUUACACCAGUUAUGUCGUGUUUUUUUUGUACAAUAUUCCUCUUUAUAAACCUCUAUAUUAGUAGUACACGCAAAUAAAUGACAAUCCAAUGAUCCCA